AUGGGAGCCAUGGCUUAUCCGUUACUCUUCUGCUUCCUGCUCGCACAUCUAGGAACCCUGGGCGCCAGCCGUCCGGAACCUCCGGGAGAGAAGCCCGAGCGGGGGAAGCCGUACUCUCAGCCGCUGGUUCGAGCCUCCGCCUCGGACCUCUCCGGCGACAGCACCGCGCUGGCGCAGAAACUGGCGGAGGAGGUGCCGGCGGACGUGGCCUUGUACCUCCGCUCCGGGGACUCUGGCCAGCUGCAGCGAACCAACUGCUCGGGCCGCUACGAGUUGGCGGGCCUGCCCGGGAAGUCGCCUGCCCUGGCCGGCUCCCAUCCCGCCCUGCACGGGGCGCUGGACACGCUGACACACGCCACCAACUUCCUCAAUAUGAUGCUGCAGAGCAAUAAGUCGCGGGAGGAGAACUUGCAGGACGACCUGGAGUGGUACGAGGCGCUGGUGCGCAGCCUGCUGGAAGGCGAGCCCAGCAUCUCCCGGGCCGCCCUCACCUUCGGCGGCGCCGACUCCCUGUCUGCGCCCGCCGGCCCGCGGGUCUUCCUCCAGGCCACCCGCGACGACAGCCACGUCCUGCUGCAGGACCUGUCCACGUCCGCCCACCAGCUGGCCAACGCCUCUCUGGACACCGAGUGGUUCCACGGCCUCCGGCGCAAGUGGAGGACGCACUUCCACCGUCGCGGCUCCAGCCAGGGGUCCCGGGGCCUGGGCCACAGCUGGCGGCGCCGGGACGGGCUCGGUGGCGGCGGCGGGGACAAGAUCCACGUCAAGUGGUCUCCACCGUACUUGGAGUGCGAGAACGGGAGUUACAAGCCGGGCUGGCUAGUCACGCUCUCCACGGCUUUCUAUGGGAUGCAGCCUAACCUGGUGCCGGAAUUCAGGGGUGUCAUGAAAGUUGACGUAAAUCUUCAGAAAGUGGACAUUGACCAAUGUUCAAGUGAUGGCUGGUUUUCAGGAACUCACAGAUGUCACCUUAACAAUUCAGAGUGUAUGCCCAUUAAAGGCCUAGGAUUUGUGCUUGGAGCCUACCAGUGUGUUUGUAAAGCAGGAUUCUAUCACCCUCGAGUCUUCUCAGUGAACAACUUUCAGAGAAGGGGUUCGGAAGCUCGAAAAGAUGUGCCAGAAGAAUCCCACGUCUGCCUCCCCUGCAGGGAGGGCUGCCCCAUCUGUGCUGAUGACAGCCCUUGUUUCGUCCAGGAGGAUAAGUACUUGCGUCUUGCCAUCAUCUCCUUCCAGAUCCUGUGUAUGCUGCUGGACUUUGUUAGCAUGCUGGUGGUCUACCACUUUCGCAAAGCAAAGAGCGUCAGGGCAUCAGGCCUUAUCCUGUUGGAAACAAUCCUCUUUGGAUCUCUGCUUCUAUACUUUCCGGUGGUCAUUUUGUACUUUGAGCCAAGUACAUUUCGCUGUAUUCUCCUGAGAUGGGUCCGUCUUCUCGGUUUUGCGACUGUCUAUGGAACUGUCACUCUCAAGCUUCACAGGGUUUUGAAGGUGUUUCUCUCACGAACUGCCCAACGAAUUCCCUACAUGACCGGUGGGAGAGUCAUGAGGAUGCUGGGCGUGAUACUCUUGGUGGUAUUUUGGUUUCUUGUUGGCUGGACUUCCUCUGUAUGCCAGAAUGUGGAGAGGCAGAUCUCACUGAUUGGCCAAGGGCAAACAUCUGAUCACCUCAUCUUCAAUAUGUGCCUCGUCGAGCGCUGGGAUUACAUGACAGCAGUUGCCGAAUUUUUAUUCCUCUUGUGGGGUGUUUAUCUCUGCUAUGCAGUGCGGACAGUCCCAUCAGCAUUUCAUGAGCCACGCUAUAUGGCUGUUGCAGUUCACAAUGAGCUCAUUAUCUCUGCUAUAUUCCAUACAAUUAGAUUUGUUCUUGCGUCAAGACUUCAGUCUGAUUGGAUGUUGAUGCUGUAUUUUGCACAUACUCAUUUGACUGUGACAGUCACCAUUGGGUUGCUUUUAAUUCCAAAGUUCUCACAUUCAAGCAAUAACCCACGAGAUGACAUUGCCACCGAAGCAUAUGAGGACGAGCUAGACAUGGGCCGAUCUGGAUCCUACCUGAACAGUAGUAUCAAUUCAGCCUGGAGUGAGCACAGCUUGGACCCAGAGGACAUCCGGGAUGAGCUGAAGAAACUCUAUGCCCAGCUGGAAAUUUAUAAAAGGAAGAAGAUGAUCACAAAUAACCCCCACCUCCAGAAAAAGCGGUGCUCGAAGAAGGGCCUAGGCCGCUCCAUCAUGAGGCGCAUCACUGAGAUCCCAGAGACAGUCAGUAGGCAGUGCUCUAAGGAAGACAAGGAAGCCGCAGACCACACCAAAAGCACAGCCCUGGUCAGAAAGAACCCACAAGAGUCUGCAGGCAACACGGGGAAGCCCAAGGAGGAGUCCCUGAAAACCCGGGUCUUCUCCCUCAAGAAAUCCCACAGCACUUAUGAUCAUGUGAGGGAGCAAACCGAAGAGUCCGAUAGCUUACCAACAGAGAGCCAAGAGGAGGAGGCCACCGAAAACUCCACCCUGGAGUCCCUGUCAGGUCAAAAACUGACACAAAAGCUGAAGGAGAACAGUGAGGCUGAGUCCACGGAGUCUGUGCCUUUGGUGUGUAAGUCCGCAAGCGCUUAUAACCUCAGCUCUGAGAAGAAGCCAGGGCACCCACGAAUGUCCGUGCUACAGAAGUCUCUCAGCGUCAUAGCCAGUGCCAAGGAGAAGACUGUGGGGCUAGCUGGGAAAACCCAGGUGCCAGUCACGGAAGAGCGGCCUAAAGGCCAGAAACCUCUGCCCAAAGAUAAAGAGACAAACCGGAAGUUCUCAAACUCAGAUAACACAGAGAUUAGAGAUUCUGCCCCCCCCAACGCCAAUCACACAGAGGAACCAAGAAAGCCUCAGAAAGCUGGGAUUAUGAAGCACCAAAGGGCCAACCCCCCCACUGCCAAUGCUGACAUGAGCCCAGGCACCACCCAGGUGAAGGACAACUUUGAUAUCGGGGAGGUGUGCCCCUGGGAAGUUUAUGACCUCCCCCGUGGUCCUGUGCCUUUAGAGAUGAGAGUUCAAAAGCACGUCUCAAUUGCGGCAUCCGAAACAGAGAAAAACCCAACUUUCUUCUCAAAGGACAAAUCUCAUCCGAAGCCUAAGGCAGCUGAGCUCUGUCUGCAGUCCAACCCCAAGGGCCUAGACAAAGCCCAGGUCUGCCCUUGGGAGAUCGAAGGUCCGUCUCUUUUGGAAGAUGAGAAGCACCUGAUUUCCAAGACUCAAGUUCCUGCAGGGAGAGCUAAAGCUGAAAAUGUCAGUCAGCACAAUGCAAUCAAUGCAUGUGGCACCCAGCGUGAAGAAAUACCCCCCAAAGCCGUAGCCACAAAAGCCAAGAAUGAAAAUCUCAACCAAAUAGGAGACUGGGAGAAAAAGACAUCCUCCCCUGAGGGAAAUGUGCCCGGCCCCUGUAACUCCAGUAAUAACUUUCAGCAACCGUUAAUACCACGAGCUGAGGUGUGUCCUUGGGAGUUUGAGACCCCAAAGUAACCAAAUGCUGACACAAGUGUAGCUUGACCUGCCUCUUCCACUUUAAGUGCAAAUAAGAUAGUGGAGCCUCCAAAAUAAGAAGCCUGGGAUACUUUUUAAAACGUAGCAUCUCUAGAAUGAAAAGGGGAACAACCCAAAUGUGAUAGAAGACAAAAGAUCAGGAGAUUUCCCUAGAAGGUUCGACCAAAGGAAAUGGGAAAGGCAUGGGCAGAACAACAUCACAAUGGAGAAGGUAGACUAGAAGGCCCCUUUCCCUGGUAACACCAAGAAAAUCUUCACAUUUCAGCCAUGUUUAGCGAGAGAAGCCCUCGAGUCUGCCUGUGAGAGGUAUCUGCCCACUUUGAACACCUUGAACAAGAUGAACUAGAAGACACAGAAGAGCUACAGGAGGAAGCGGGUGGAGCUGGACACAAGCAGAAUUCUUAGUAGCCGGCUAAAGAACUUAACUAUUUAACCUUGAUAGCACUGCUCAUUUAAUGCAUAUCUCUCCCCCUGCCCCACCAAAAAAUACCUUUUCUAUUAGUAAUUGCUCUCAUUUUCUUAUACUGUAUGUUUCAGUACAUUGUUGUGUCUCAUAUACAAGCAUUCCAGAUUGUAAAAUUUUUGCAAAUAACUUUGAUAUCCCGUGACACCACACAUAUAUGCAAUCUGCAGCUACUCAGUUGUUGUUGCCACUUAUAAAAUAUUUGCUAUUUAUCAACUUUGGUUGAUUCUUGACAGUAAGCUUUCUCGGGCUUGGGAAGCCAUAACUGUUAUGAUACAAAAUAAUAAUAUAAUAAUAAUC